AUGGAGGCGGACCACAGCUCCCAGCUGCGGCAGCUCUUCCGCUCCUGCGACCGCAAAGGCCGCGGCUACAUCGGCCAGCAGGAGUUGCGCGACCUGUGCGCUGGCUUCGACAUCACCGCGGAAGAUGCAGACACCAUCUUCAGCGACCUAGACCACGACGGGGACGGACGCGUCACGGUGGAGGAUUUCGAGUGGGGUUUCCGAAACUUCCUCCAGUCGGACGAGGAGGGUUCUGCAGAGGACUCGCCGGUAGGAAGGCGGCCGGCCGGCGCGGCUGCCGAGCGUCGACAUUCGCACGCCUGGCCGCACCUCGUGGCCGGCGUCGGCCAAAGCGCCAUCAAGGAGCUCCUACAGACCAGCGGGCAGAAGCUUGCGGAGCUAUAUGAAGAUCUCCAAACCACAUCAGUUUCUCCGGACUUGAUAAAACGUUUCGACGGUGCAUUUACGAGUUUACUCCAAGAUGUGAAGAAAAUUCAACAAGAGAGGAAGAAAUUGGAAGAAAUGUUCUCCAGGGAAAAACAAUCGCAUUUGGAGCAUCUCAGAAGUCUUGAAGAAGAACUCGAUGUCCAGGUCGCACGCAUAGAACAGAAGGCCAAAGAGGAGGCAGAAGCAAGAUUUGAAGCUGAGAAGAGGUUGUUGAAGGAAAAAAUGGAAGCCGAAAUGGCCGAACUGCAACUCCACCUAAAACUAUUCCAAAAGGUAAAUGCAGUCCUGAGCAAGAAGCAAGAAGCAGCUAAAAACCUCCGUCACACAGACAAAGACACCAACAGUGAGCUGCAGAGCUCCCUCGUUGACACUAAAACAACUCUAGCAGUGCUGAGGGCUGAGAUGGCGCAGCUGAAAGCAGAGUACGAAGUGAAGUGCCGAGAACUGCACGAGCAACAACAGACGACCUACGCGUUUAUCAACCAGAAUGAUCAUAUUUAUAACCAAAUUGGCCUGCUUCAUGAAGCAAAUCUCAAACUUCAAGACACCAAUGACAAUCUACUCUCUGUAAUCGAUACAGGUGGACCAUUUUUAUCUAGACCUGCUUCGCCUUGCACCAGCAGUAUAGGACUGUGUUCUUCAAGCAUAGCACAAAUAAGUCGAAGUCCUGACCCUUCUGAUGUCAGCACUGAUGCAGAUUCAGCUCCACACAGCCUCAGCAAUAUGAAGUCUGACUCAGAUGAUGAGGCUGUACAGAAAGUGAAAAGACUUGAUGAAUAUGCUUAUGGAAGAUCUGUAAAAAUCAGUACUGAUAUGGCUGGUAAAAAGUCACUGCAAGAAGAAAUCUGUGAAGCUGUAAGGAAAGAGGGAAAUGAGUCAGAAGACAAAAAUGAUUUUCACAUUUCCAAGGAACAUGACACCAUUUACAACAAACAAGUGUUGUCUUCUGUGGUUAAUGGAAGAACACCAAAUACAAAGACCCAGUCCUCCUUAGAACCUGAGGGUCCAGUUGACAGAACUUUCAAAAUAGUAUUUGCUGGAGAUGCAGCAGUUGGAAAGAGUAGCUUUAUUUUUAGAUUUUGUAAAGGUGUUUUCAUUAACAAUAUGGGAUCCACCCUUGGGGUUGACUUCCAAGUAAAAACCAUCAAAAUAGACAACAGGAAUGUUGCAUUGCAGCUAUGGGAUACUGCAGGACAAGAACGUUUCAGAGCUAUGACCAAAGCAUAUUUUCGCCGUGCUGAUGGAGUAUUGUUACUUUAUGAUGUUACAAAUGAAAGAUCACUAUUAAAUGUUCGCCGUUGGAUACAGAACAUUGAUGAACUUACUGAACAUCACAUCCCAGUAAUAUUGUGUGGCAAUAAAAUAGAUCUACGUGGUGAUAAACUGGCUCAAGGAAAGGCUUGUGUGGAUCCUGAACAUGGGCAAAAAAUUGCAAGAGACCAUGGUGUACCAUUCUUUGAAACAAGCUCAAAAACAGGACUCAACAUAACAGAUGCAAUAGUAGUGCUCACCAGGGAAAUGUUGACCCAAGAAGACAUUGAGGUACAUACUUCAUCACUAAAAAUAUCUCCUAAGGGUCACAAAUCAAAACCCUGCUGCCACAAUUAAAAUUUCAGUUUAACUAAGAUCUUAUAAUGCCAACACUUUUAAAUUAAUAUUUUGAGGACCUUAUAGAGAUAAGAAGUAACCUAGAUAUCUCAUAUUAUCAGUAUUAUCCUUAUAUACUCUAUGAGCUAGGCAAUCAUCAAUGUGAGAAUACUGUUUUGUACAAUAAAAAUAUGGCCUACAGUUAUUAUAUACAGCUAUUUGUUAAGUAUCCAAAUGUUCCAAGCAAACUAAUCUAUAUACUCCAAUAAUAAAAAGAUUUAGCAAUAUAAUGACAAAAAUUCUCUAACUUAGGAUAGAAUAGUUUCUUUUGUCUGUGAUAUGUCACAUUACUGUAUCAGAUGAAUUUUAAAUGGAAAUUAUUUUCCUCAUACUGUAAACAGAAAAACAUUCACAAAAUUCAUUACCAGGUAGAACAUAGUAGCAAGUAAAAAUGUGAACCAAUACCUUUUUUGCAUGUUGCAUUUACACAAUUAAGUAUUACUCAAUAAUAAAAUGCUGUUUAAUUUACAAGAUGGAACUCUUCCACAUAUUAUGGAAUCUGCAUGUCAAGUAACACAAAUGUUCAUCUAUUAUAAUAUAUGGUAAGGCCUGGUUGGGAAUCACGAAUUAUUUAUAAAUAAAGAAGACAACUCACUGAAACACAGAAGCACUGGUUUGCCAGUAGGUAUGCAAACAAACAGAGCUUUUCUAGCUUUCAGAAUGAACUUCCUUUUUCAAGCUUGUAGGAGAAAUAUGCACACAAACACAUACACAUGCACAUGCUAUUCUC